AUGGCCCGCGCCAUGCAUCGCUCCGCGCUGCUCCUCACCCUGGUGCUCUCCUGCGUCGUCGCCGCGAGCGCCAAGGUGGGCAAGCCCCCCGCGGAUCUCACCGACGCGGAGAAGACCACGCUCCAGGCCGAACCCGGAUCCUACAGUUGCUAUGGCAAGUGCGACAGCAAGAACGCCGAGAAGAGCCCUUGCGGCACCGAUCGCAUCGACACCUACCUCGGCACCUGCAACGAGUUCAAGGGAUCCUACGGCAAGGCCACGCAGUGGGGCGCCACCUGCCCCAAGCACGUCUGCAAGGCUGAGUGCGCCAAGGCGGGCGUGAAUGACGCAUUCCACUGCUUCACGCUCAAGACCGGAGACAAGUUCAACCUCAUGUUCGAGGACGCGAACGCCGAGGUCAGCGCCGCCGACAUGGGCCUCUCCCUCGGAUGCCCCGGCUCCCACAAGAUGAUGAAGAAGUACAUGGCCGGCAAGGGCCACAGGGACUGCGAGGGCGGCGGCCCCGUGUACAAGAAGGGCGAGAAAACCGCCCGACCCGCCGCCGACGGGUUCGACAAGGACAAGUACCAGAAGAAGGACGCCUCCGCCGCGUGCAAGGCGACCCUCGAGCGCUUCGUGUGCAAGGACAUCGACAAGUCCAAGUCCAAGGACAAGUGCGAAGUCAACGACAACUGCAAGUGGGCCGACAACAAGUGCGUCCCGAAGACGGCCGGCUCCGACGCCGUCCUCGACGACGCGUACAAAAACGUCCGCGCCGGGGCCAAGUCAAAGGCGGACAAGUGCGCGGCCAUCAAGGUGGAGGGCGACUGCACCGCGGCGGCCGACUGCGAGAUCGUCAACGACGGCGAGACCAACUCCUGCGACGUCAAGCCGGACGUGGCGCGAACCGCCGCGGGGGUGGACGCGGUGGAGGGGAUGAUGUUUGACCAGCUGGAGCACGAGCUGCACGUGUGCAACGCGGGCAACUCGAAGAAGGAUAAGACGGCUUGCGAGGCGAUUGGGAAGAACAAGGGAUGCGAGUGGAACGCGGACGAUAACCUCUGCACCACCUCGAUGGCGCACCGCACCGACAUGGCCGCCAAGGUGUGCCCGAAUUUCAUGUCCGAAUACGCGGGCGCGCAGCGCGGCGCCGCCGAUAAGCUCAGGGAGAAGCACAAGGAACAAAAGGCGAAAGCCGAGAAGAAGCGCGACGCCAUCACCGACAAGAUCACCGACAAGAAGAAGAAGAAUAAGGUGAAGAUUCUGGCCGACCUCGCCAUCGCCGGCAAGAAGGCGAAGAAGAUCAAAUCCACCGUCACCGCCGACUCUGCCGACGCCGCUUGCACCGAGGCUCUCGCCAAAGCCGGCCUCACCACCGACAACGCCCACUGCGAGCAGGACGCCUCCUCCCGCCGUAAGCUCCUCGCCUCCUACACCAUCGUGAUGAUCCCGGAUCCUUCCGUCGACUCCGCCAAGGUCAUCGCCAGUCUCGAGAGCAACGGGUACACGGUCACCGCGCAGGACGAGGAUCCCAUCGCCGUCCUGAGAACCGUCGACGGCGUCGCCGCGGCGGAUAUCGACGCCCUGGAGACCGAGGCGGACUCCGCGGCGGACCUCGGAACCGGCGUCGCCGACCUCGACGCCGAGACCAAGACGGCCGACGCGAAGGUUGCCUCGGAUGCGGGCGCGAUGAGCGCGGGCGUCUUCGCGGCGGUUGCGGCCCUCUCCGUGCUCGCGCUCGCGUGAGUUUUGGGGACGAGUGACGAAAAUAAAAGUUUGCCCCCCUCGACGAUUACUCCGGCCUCUCGUCGUUUGUACGAAGGUGGUAUUUGCGUCGUUUGUACAGCUACGCCCGCGGUUGGAAGACUCCGGCGGAACACCCCGCGAGUUGAAUGUGGUAUUAGGUCUCGCGCCCCUUGUCUGCUUAAUAAGUGUUACGAAGAUAUUUUAGAAGUAUUCCC